AGGGGUGUGCUUACAGGAUGCUAGCACCAGAAGGCCGUCAGACACACCCCUCCUCACACACACCCGACCAGCUCCUGUUAUCAGCCACUCUUUAGACCUGACACGGACCUACCAAGGGCAGGCAUGAGACGCCAAACCCACACCACCUUCUGCUGCUGGGUGUUGGUGUUGUGGUUCCUGUCAGCAGCAGCAGCAGCAGCAACAGUAACAGUAACAGCUCCUCAGGGUCAGACGGAGGACUUGUACUGCUUCACAGAUGACUUGACCCCUUACAACAAGUUCUCCACCAAGACCGCGUACAGCCUGGCCAGGGGGGAGUUUACCCACGAUGAUCUGGUGCCUAAAGGGUGCGAGGCGCGGCAGGCGUGGCACCUGGUGAGACACGGAACACGUUAUCCUAGUGAAGACGACAUCGCUGCCUUCCUGCUGGUGCUCCCAGACCUCCAGGCUGAUGUUCUUGUCGCUCACCAAGAAGGUCUAGGAGAGCUGUGUGAAGGUGACGUGAAGCUACUGGCGGGUUGGUCACUGGGAGGCAUCAACAUCACGUGGGAUUCAAUUCUAACGCCUGAGGGACACCGCGAAUUGGAGAGCCUCUCAGCCAGGUACCAAGAGGCAAUCCCUAACCUGCUGAGACAACCCUUUACUAAUGACUCGUUCAAGUUCCGGCACACCGCCCGCCAGAGGACAGCAGAGAGUGCCAGGGCCUACGCCAACGGUCUCUUUGGUCACGACGUCUACAUACCCGCGCCCCUUGACCCUGAUCCAUUGUUGAAGUUCUACGAGGUGUGUGAUAAGUACGUGACGGAGGUGGACGAUAACCCCGAGGCAGACCGGGAGAACCAACUCUUUCAGGACGGACCCGAGAUGACCAGUGUUGUGGCCAGUGUGUCGCGCCGCCUCGGUGUUGGCCUCGAGUUUGGUGAAGUGGAGGUGUUGUAUGACGCUUGUCGCUUCUAUAAGGCCUGGGAUCCUACUGCUGCCUCCCCCUGGUGUGUGGCCUUCACCCCUGACGACCUGAAGGUGCUGGAAUACUGGAAGGAUCUGCACUACUACUACAUUGAAGGCUACGGCUACAACGUGGACUACGAGAUGGCCUGCCGUCCACUACAGGAUCUUCUACAACACUUCAGUACUGUGGUGGCGGGGGAGGAGGGGCCUAAUGGUAUCUUCUACUUCACACUGUACUGCUCUCCUCACGGGAUGGACACUUAUGAGACACUCUGUAUAGUCAUGGCACGGCUGGGUCUCUACAAGGACGCCUCACCCCCCUCACAUGACCACAUUGACCCCAACCGUGUGUGGAGGACCUCAGAACACGGCUCCUUCGCCACCAACAUCGCCUUCACCCUCUCCUUCUGCUCUCAAGAGGAUGAGUGGUGGGUGAGCGCGGCUGUGAGUGAGAAGGUGGUGGUUCUAGGUGGAUGCGCCAGCCCACUGGGGUGUACGUGGGAAGAGUUCAUCACCACAUACGGUAACCUACUGCAGUGUGACUUCGACGCCAUUUGUCAGAACACUGAUUCCGGGACACCUACUUCGUCAGACUCAGUUACCUGGAGCACGUGGGCGUUCAACCAGCUCAAGAUCAUCAGUGACUGGGUGGAAUCUGUCUUCUCUUCCCACACGAACUAACACAGAUCACAUCAGCAUUAGUCUCCAGCUUGUUUCACCUCGGUAUAAAUCACCCUAACACUAACCUAACCUAACGCUAACCUAACACUAACCUAACUUAACCUAAUCAACCUAAGCUAAAAACCACGUAGCAAACCCUAAUCUAACCUUCAUAAUCUUUUCAGUAAUAAAAAUCUCAUAAAAAUUUCCCAAAAAUGUGAAAAUAUACAUAAUAAUUAUCUCCAUGUUGACUUUUUUGGAAUAAAAUUUUAACACUA